AGUGACUCGAGCGCGUUCACACGGUUGCACAGAAGAUUUUUCAACAGUUAUUUUUGAAAAAGUUGCAGAAUUUUGUUUCAAGAACAUCUAUUAUUUUCCUUAUGCCUGGGACCUCUUUGGGACCCAGGUGCGACAAGGCUACUUCAAGGGCGCUUUACAGGUCCGCGAACCCACAGGGGGUUCGUUUCUUGAAGAGGAGCACGGCAUCGGGCCUCUCGCGAAGGAACGGAUUCUAGUACUCGGAGAGGCCCUGGUACCUGGCGGCCGUAAACGAGAUCCCCGAGCCACUGGUGCUGCUCCGCAUCCCAUUCAUGACACAGCCAGACUUCUCGCUAAGAUGAGGUUCAACUCUGCCAUCUUCAUGGUUGCAGUCAUAGCAGCGUUCGUGGGUAUGAUCACUGCAACAGCAGAAAGAUCCGAGGCGCGCAGUGAAGAAGGCCGACGCUGGCAAGGAGUCGUGGAUGAAACUGCGAUACCACCGCAGGAGAGAUAUAAAAGACAGAGGGUCGGGAAUCGCGCACCUUGCAUCAGUAGCUUGACCCAGUACGUGGCCUCCACCUGGUAUUUCUUCCCAUCAGACAACAAAGUUAGACUCGUUGCUGAGAUGAAGUUCACCGCUGCCAUCUUGCUCGUCGCACUCCUUACAGCGUUCAUGGGGACGAUCACUGCAGCCGACGAGAGAAAUGACGAGGCACGCACGGGAGAUAUUUAUGGCUCUGGAUGCCCAGACUCGAGUGCCUGCACCAAAAGCUGCAAAGCCAAGGGUUUGAACUUAGGCGUAUGCCUCGAGCCUCUACUUAAAAUCUGUUUGUGUUCGUGAAUUUAUUGAAGUCGACGACUGACUGGCAAUAAAGCUCGCUUACUAUGCGCUUGUCAAAUUUGUCCUA